AUGGAAUUUUAUAAAGGUAAGAUUUUUUACUUUGUUUUAUUACAUAUGUCCAAAAAUUUAUUUUUUAUUGUAAAAAAUAGCAAAAACGUUCUUUACAAUUUUAAAAUGAGACGUUUUUUAUUAAAAAUGCCAAUUUUUAUAAACACAAAAUCAAAAAAUUGCAAAAACUUUCUUUUCACUAUUAUUAAAAUCUCAAAAACAAAGUUUGCACUCGGUGUUUUUCGAACUUUUGUAAUCAAGCGCACCGUUGCUCAACUUGCCAGAUCGGACGGGAUCGCGCUUCCGCACUGUGCAAAAGAGACAAAUGGCGCUGCACGGUGCAGAAACUCAUUUUUUGGCAAUAUCUUUGUUUACAAUGAUUGAAAAUGGCAUUUUGAAAAAAUUUUUUCUUUAGGAAAAACUUUCUUUACAAUUUUUACAAAAAUUAUUUUUCUUAUUUUUUGCUUUUGCACAGUGCGGAAAGAACAAAUAUUAUGGCUCUGCACGGUGCAACAAUUAGUUUUUUUUGCAAUAACUUUGUUUACAAUAAGUUUAGAAAUCUAAAAAAUUAUUUUCCAGACUCUCAAUACAAUGCAGCGUACGUAAUUUGGUUAAUUGGCGGCCUAUUUACCUCGAACUUAAUGGUUUAUUUGGCAGUAAUGACGUUAUUACUAGAACGUUGCUUAAUAUUAUAUGCCAAUGGUUUUAAAUCAGAACUACUACCUUGGUGCAGUCGCGUGGCUAGCCUAGUUUUACCAUUGGUUUUUGUGGCUUUUAUUAUUACAACUGUUUUUGAUGCGCCGGUUAAUCAGUAUACUAGUAAGAUUGAAGCUGAGACAAUUUUUUUGCAAUAACUUUCUUUCCCACGGCAAAAAAUUUAAAAAAUAGUAAAAUUUGCAGGUUUUAUAACCAUAAGUCAACUUACUAUAAGUUUAUAUUUUUACAAAAAUUGCAUUUUGGCAAUUCUUGGUUUUUUGACGAAGUGUCAAAUUGAUUGUGACAUUUCGUCUACUGAGCAAAAGUUGUUUAAAGUAAUGAAAAACACAUUUAAAUGAUGGUUUUUAUAAGUCAAAUUACCAAAAGUGCAAUUUCACCUUAUUUUCGGUUUUUGUAACGAAGUGUCACAUUGAUUGUGACAUUUCGUUAAAUUAGUAAAAUAGACUUUUGUUCUUAAAAAAGGUCAUUUUAAAAACCAGAACUGUCAAUAUUGUUGAUUUAGUUGUUUUUUAAUUAUUUUUAAAAAGUUGACGAAAUGUCACAUUGAUUGAUUGAUUUUGACAUUUCGUCAACAUGCACUUUAUAGACUUUUCUCAACGUAAAAUGCCAUUUUUGUAUUAAAUAUUAUCUUUUAAAAAGUCAUAAAUCAAUUAAACGUAUUUUACCUUUUUUUUUACUUUUAAAGACGACAUUUCAGAAAACUUUCGAGCCGAAAAUGUAUGUCUAAAUAGCUGUGGCAUUAUUCAAACAGAAUAUCGUAUUAUCAUAUGUGUUAUCAAUGGUAUACUGUCAUUUCUACUGUUGAUAAAGCUACAUCAACGUAACAAAGCAUCGAGUAAUGCUUGGGUAGUGACUGAAACCGAAAGCUCAAAUGGCAGGUCGAAUGAAGUUGUUCAAGCGGCCCAAACGGCUGCUUUAACUCAAAUCUUCUUCAAUAUUAUACCAUUAUGUGUCAAAAUGAGUGUGGAUGUAAGUUGAAAAAGUUUUUUUUAAUUUUGCAGUAGGUUUCGUCAUCUAUUUUUAAAAAAUAAUGGCAUUUUUGGCCUGUUAAAGCAUGUUUUUAGACUUUGUUUGGGUUUUGCAGACUGCGGGUGACAUGUUAUACGUUGAAGUAGUUUUAUUUUAUUAAGAAAAAUAAAAAUGAAAAGGCAAAAACUUUCUUUACAAAACACAAAAUAUUAUUUGAAAAGCGAAAAACAGCAUUUUCAGUGCCAGCGCAGAAACUUUGUUUACAGAACAAAAAAUGGCAAGGACUUUCUUUGCAAAACACAAAAUGGCAAGAACUUUCUUUACAGAACAAAAAAUGGCAAGAACUUUCUUUACAAAACACAAAAUGGCAAGAACUUUCUUUAAAAAACAAAAAAUGGCUAGAACUUUCUUUACAAAACAAAAAAUGGCAAGAACUUUCUUUACAAAAACAGAAAUGACAAGAACUUUCUUUACAAAAUAAAAAAUCGCAAGAACUUUGUUUACAGAACAAAAAAUGGCAAGAACUUUCUUUACAAAACACAAAAUAGCAAGAACUUUCUUUACAGAACAGAAAUGGCAAGAACUUUCUUUAGAGAACAUAAAAUGGCAAGAACUUUCUUUACCGAACAAAAAAUGGCAAGAACUUUCUUUACAAAACUCAAAAACUGAACUUCAAAAAAUAAAAAAAAAAUUUUCAAUUUUAAAAAAAUUUUAAAAUAUCAAAAUUUUUAGGUAUUCAUAACAGACCCACAAGGUACAGUGCUAAUGAUUCAGAUGCUGGCUCAUUCCUGUGAUGCCAUUUAUAAUUGUUACAUAUACACGAAGAUUGUCAACAGAGCAAGGAAACGUAGCGAUGACGCUUUAAGUGUCCUGAUUGUACCUAGAAGACCUACCAUUGACUGUUCGACUGCUUCGGCUAUGUCACCAGGCUUCAAGAGAGCUGUGGUGACAUUUUGA